AUGCGGCAACACUCCGUCGACGCCUCCGCCGACGAGGCGCUGGCCCGCAUGGGCUACAAGAGCGAGCUGCCUCGUAACUUUACCACCCUCUACAUCACCCUGGCCGACGGCCUCUCCGUCACCAUCAUCUGGGGCUGGGUCUUCGUCACCCUCAUCUCGAUUGCCAUCGCCGCCUCCCUCGCCGAGAUCUGCGCCGUCUACCCGACCGCCGGCGGCGUGUACUAUUGGAGCGCAAUGCUCUCCACCCGCCGCUGGGCACCGCUCAUGUCCUUUAUCGACGGCUGGUUGACGCUUGUGGGUAACUGGACCGUGACACUGAGUAUCAUCUUCGGUGGUGGACAGCUGAUCCUCAGCGCGAUCCAGCUGUGGAAGGAGGACUUUGUCGCCAAUGCGUGGCAGACGGUUCUCAUGUUUUGGGCCGUGACGCUGGUCUGCACGCUCGUGAAUAUCUUUGGUUCGCGCUACUUGGACCUUAUUAAUAAGAUUUGCAUCUUCUGGACCGCUGCCAGUGUGAUCAUCAUUUUGAUUGUCCUCCUCACCAUGGCGGAUCACCUGAACUCGGGCGAGUUUGUUUUCGCCGAGUACGACUCGUCCCAGAGUGGAUGGCCUGCUGGCUGGGCCUUCUUCGUGGGCUUGCUGCAGGCAGCGUAUACGUUGACGGGUUACGGCAUGGUCGCGUCCAUGUGCGAAGAAGUCCAGAACCCGCAUCGCGAGGUCCCCAAGGCGAUUGUGCUGUCCGUCGUCGCGGCUGGUAUCACGGGUCUGUUGUAUUUGAUCCCCGUGCUGUUUUCCAUGCCCAAUGUGGAACUGCUGCGCCAGGUCGCUAGCGGACAGCCGAUUGGAACGCUCUUCAAGGAAGUGACUGGCUCCGCGGGCGGUGGCUUUGGUCUACUCUUCUUGAUUCUGGGUAUUAUGUUGUUUGCGGGGAUUGGCUCGUUGACUGCGGCCAGUCGUUGCACGUACGCCUUUGCGCGGGACGGAGCGAUCCCGGGAUUCCACCUGUGGCGCCGAGUUAAUAAGAAGCUGGACGUGCCCGUGAACGCGAUCAUUCUGUCCGCGGUAGUGAACUGCCUUCUGGGGUUGAUCUACUUUGGCUCGACGGCCGCCUUUAACUCUUUCACCGGCGUGGCUACCAUCUGUCUGUCGACUUCGUACGGACUGCCCAUUCUGAUCUCGAUGAUCCGAGGCCGCGAGGAUGUCAAGCGCUCCACAUUCUCCCUCGGUGUAUUUGGAUGGGCCAUCAACGGCAUCACAGUGCUAUGGAUUGUGCUGGCAGUCGUGCUCUUCUGCAUGCCGUACACAUUGCCCGUCGAUGCAUCAGGGAUGAACUACGCGAGCGUGGUGUUUGCCGGGUUCGCGGCGAUCAGUAUCUUCUGGUACUUUGUGUAUGCGCGCAAGCACUUCACCGGCCCGCCGGUCUCCAAGGAAGAAGUGAUCGCGGCGACGGGGGUUAUGAAUGGCUCUGCGGUGGAUACGGAGAAUGCUAUAAUCGAGGUGAAGAAGAUGCCCAGCAAUUGA